AUGGUUCAACUAGCUCCUCGCUUCGCCGCCCUCCUCACCUUUUGUUUCCUCGCGUCCGCUACUCCUCCAACUCAGUACGUCGCCGCACCUGACGAGCACUCAUCUUUCGCUGACUUGACCUCACAGACGCAGUCCAAUAGCGCUGCUGCUACAGCAACUCCCUCUCAAGGCAUGGGCAAGAGGUACGACGAUGGUCAGUACCACCCGAACCCUUCGUACGAUGACGGCCAGUACCACCCCAACCCCACAUACAACAAUGGUCAGUACACCCCUACCGCAACGGAUACGUCUUCUCCCACCCCUACUCCCAGCCCCACCCAGACGUAUGACGACGGAUUGUACCAUCCCAAUACAUCUUACGAUGAUGGCCAGUACCAUCCCAAUACAGCCUAUGACGAUGGCCAGUACCACAACGCCGCUGUCACUGCCACUCCCACCGCCACGUCUGGAACCACUACUACGGCGGCGGCCGACCCCACUGGAACUGCAAUGCGCACCGUAACCGGCGCCGGCAAACGCUCGGACGAUGGCCAUUACCACCCUGAUUCGAAGUUUGAUGACGAUAGCUACCAUCCCAAUCCCAAGUUCGACGACGGCAAGUAUCACGUCGGUACCACCGGAGGCAAACGUUCAGACGACGGCAUGUACCACCCUGAUUCGAAGUUUGACAACGGUCAAUACCAUCCCGAUCCCAAGUUCGACGACGGCAAGUACCAUGUCGGCACCACUGGAGGCAAACGUUCAGACGACGGCAUGUACCACCCUGAUUCGAAGUUUGACAACGGUCAAUACCAUCCCGAUCCCAAGUUCGAUGACGGCAAGUAUCACGUCGGUACUACCGGAGGCAAACGUGCGGACGACGGCAUGUACCACCCUGAUUCGAAGUUUGACAACGGCAGCUACCAUCCAGAUCCCAAGUUCGACGACGGCAAAUAUCACGUCGGUACUACCAGAGGCAAACGUUCGGACGACGGCAUGUACCACCCUGAUUCGAAGUUGAACGACGGUCAGUACCAUCCCGAUCCCAAGUUCGACGACGGCAAGUACCACCCGGGGAAGCAUAAUGCGAGGAGGGGCUUCACGCAUCAGGACAAGGUGCGCGCGAAUAGGAGAAGGGCUGUGCAAUACUAGGCUUGGGAAGUUGUAGGCGCUAUUUAUUGGACUUUGAUGCAAAUGUCACUCUUUCACAUAAACCUGAAGCUCUCCCAUGUGUGAUUAGGACUAGCGGGAUCAAACAUUUGAAAAUAAUUCAAUGGGCGUAUCCGCGUUGUGAGCCUCUUUCUGACAGCGUACCCAAAUUUAUGUCCAAAUCAGGGAAAACUCCGGGGGAAAUCGGACUGUUUU